UCUGUCUCUCUCUCUCUCUCUCUCUCUCUGUCUCUCUCUCUCUCUGUGGAGCCACUGUGUAUUUACUGCAGUGCUGAGAAACAUUGAGAGAAGAGGAGAAACCAUCAUGACGGUCCUCAGGAUUCUGUCUCUCUCCGCUCUGAUGUGUCACAUGUCCACCUCCACAUCCCACUAUUUCAGAAAAGCUCUGUACCCGUCAGCCUUCAGAGUGAAGCGAGGGACGCCAGCUCUGCUCAACCCCUCGUUUCAGAAAUCCGUGGAGGAUGCCAACCUUCUCUAUGAGGUGUUGUUAUCAGGAGCGUUCAUGGACUCUGCGCGAGGAACGCUUCAGAUAUCUGAUGAGGAGCUGGCAUCUGUGAGGAAGCUGGAUGUUCUUGAGGUUCUGUGUGAAGACGUUCUGCCCAGAACUCUCUCUGAGAUCCAGCGGCUCAGUUUUCACCUGGCACAGCACCGUGGAGCGCUGCGGAUGGAGGACUUUGAGCGGACAGUCCUUACAAUGGUGUUCACUGCACAACAACUGCAACAUGCCAGCCCCGGGCAACAGAGGGAACUGUGGGCAAACAGCCUCUUGCAGCUCUAUAAAGCCAUUAAAGGAGACCUGCUGUCGGAGUGAAGGACAAAAUACUAGACACUGAGAGGAGUGUCUCAUAUAAACACCUCAACUGGUGCAUCGCUGGUCUGUUCUGUAUGGUCAUGAGAAGAGGCAAAACACAAUGCUAAAUGCAAAUAACAUGCAAGUCCCAUAUUGUAUUGUUGUUGAUGUCUGUGCAUCCUUUCAUAGUCCCCUAAACAUCACUUACUAGAAGCUUUUUGUUUACUUUGUUAUGAUGAACAGUUUUGGAUCUGUAUGGAGUCCAGAAGUACUGCAGCUGUGGACUUCUGUACCUCCUGUGUUCUGAAUAAAUAUGUCGUGCGUCUUUGCAUAAGUUCACCUUCACAGUGACAAAUCACUUUCUUUGCAUAAAAUCUGUUAUACGUCAACACCGCAGGCAAAUAUGAUGGCACAUUAUUGGAGAAUGAGCUCUAGUGUCCUUGUAAGGUUUCACAUUUUCCUUGACAUAAUGCAUCUGCAUACAUAGUCAUUAUCACGUCCUUGAGCAUGUUUUCAUGACACUUUCACCUGUCAAAAUGUGUUCCUCCGCUCUGUAAUGUUCGUGACUGACUCUUAAGAGGCUUUUGGAGAGACAAUAUAGCCGCCAGCAAGUAUAACUGAACAUAAAGUGAAAACUUCACAGCUUUUUACCACGUUCAAAGAGCAGCCCUACAAAUGACAAUAUAGAUUACUGAAGUUUUCAUUGCAACAGUAUAUUAUUGAAGACAUCAGGCAGUUUCGACAGCUGCCAUCUCCAGAAUUAAAACUGCUCAAUGAUUGACUUGAAUGAACAAAAAUAAAAUAUGAGCAAAAUUCUGUGAUGCUCAGGAAUGAUUGUGCACUUGUGGGUCUAUAAUGCCAUCUACAGGCUACAGAUAUAAUAACAGCUGUAGAUAACAGGUUGAGCAGCUAAAGUUACUAAUAAACUCGUUUUAGAUGUGGUUAUAAUACAAAACGUUGUUGCAAUGUAAUGUAAGCAAAGAGGUAAUCAGUUACAUGUGUGUUAUAAGACUAAGUCAAGUUUCACAAGUAUUUAUUUGAUGGAUUUGUGUAAAGAAAUUCAGCUUUUCACUGAAAAACAAAUGUGAUGUUAUUACAUGUUUAGAUAGAUAGAUCGGCACCUCAGCAUUAUAAAUUUUUUGUAAUUACACAUAUUAAACAUUACACAGCAGGAAAUGUAUAACAGUUCUAAUUAAAAAGUGCCAAAAGAAAUACAAAUAAGUUUCAUUGUAAUCAUUGCAACACCAAACAAAACAAAAUAAA